UAUAGUGAUUACGGUAUUGCAGCAGUAUGGGACAGCUGAGAGCUGCAUGUGUGCUUCUCUUUAGGAGUGUUGCUCUCACAACCAGCAUGGCACAGCACAAAUUCAUCGAUAUCGGUGUGAACCUGACAGAUCCCAUGUUCAGAGGACUCUACAGAGGGAAGCAGAAACACGACGAUGACUUCAAUCAGAUCAUUGACAGAGCUCUGAAAACCGGAGUUGAGAAGUUUAUGAUCACAGGAGGAAACCUGGAAGACAGCAAGGAGGCUCUUAAACUAGCUGAGACCAGAGAUGAGUUCUACUGCACAGUUGGCUGCCAUCCCACCCGCUGCAGUGAGUUUGAGCAGAAAGGAGAGUCCCAGUACUUCUCAGGGCUGUUGGAGCUGUCAGCGGCACACAGAGGGAAGGUGGUGGCCAUCGGAGAAUGUGGACUUGAUUUCGACAGGUUGGAGUUUUGCCCAAAAGAGACUCAACUCAAAUACUUUGAGAAGCAGUUUGAGCUGGCAGAGGAGACCAAGCUGCCCAUGUUCCUCCACUGCAGGAACUCCCAUCAGGAGUUCAUCGACAUCAUGAAGAGAAAUCGAGACCGAUGUGUUGGAGGAGUGGUCCACUCAUUUGAUGGGACGGCAGACGACGCUGCCGCCCUCAUAGACCUGGACCUCCACAUUGGAAUAAAUGGAUGUUCCUUGAAAACAGAGGCCAAUAUUGAAGCCAUGAAGUCUAUCCCCACUGAGAGACUCAUGAUAGAAACAGAUGCUCCGUGGUGCGGCGUGAAGAACACGCAUGCAGGCUCCAAAUAUGUUAAAACUACAUUCCCCACGAAGAAGAAAUGGGAGGCGGGUCACUGUAUGAAGGACAGGAACGAGCCCUGUCACAUCAUACAAGUUCUAGAGGUGAUGGCAGCAGCGAGGGAAGAGGACCCGCUGGAGCUGGCCAACACAAUCUACAACAACACCAUCAAAGUCUUCUUCAGCUCCAGCUGAUGAUGAAGCACUUUAAACCUUCAGGAGACCUUUAUGAAUGUGUGUGUGUGUGUGUGUGUGUGUCGGUCUGAAUGAUAAAACUCUAUUUGCCAAUUUUUGAAAAGUCAAAUAACUUCUGAUCAGUCUUCUUCUGAAAUAAAAACAAUCAUGGGUUUUUCCUUCAUUCUUAAAUAAUUGUCUGUAUUUCAUGUACCUAUAAAUUAAGUUCCUAUUGUUUUUUUCGACUGUUUUGCCAUAAAAAUUAAGCAAUUAUUUUAAGGUCUGCCUCAAGUUUACACUCCUUACACUCAAACUAUGUUUUUAACAUAAUUCGAUCUAUGUGAAUUCUAUUAAGAAUGUAAAACCAUUUUAAAGUACUGUCUGCACAAAUAUAUCAGUUAUCAUGUAUAACUUAAUAAAAACAUGAACUUUAAC